AAUCUGGGUUUGAGAUUUGUCGCGAGGGAAAAUAAUCCCCCUAACUGUGUCACUGUCGACUGAGGCAAGCCUAGCAGACCGAUUCUGUAUCAGUACCUAUGGCUGAAUCCAGCCUGGCCGUCUCAACCUCCUCGCGGUUCCUGUUCCCAGGGAUGUGGGCUAGCGUAGUUAGGUAGUAGGAAGUAGCUGGGCUACUGAUCACUGGCAGAGAUGAUCAGUACCAACACUCUCAAUAACGGACCAAGAGGGAUGGAGAGAGGGAGGAUGGAUGUGUGAGGGAGCGAGAGAGGGGAAGAGGAGGGGAUACGACCGAGUCUGUUGGAGGAGAGACUCGUGGGCACACACAUCCUCAGACAAGUGCUGGUUUGUAACUGUGAACUGUGUUAAUGUAGGUUCGCCUCACUCGGGCAGAUAGCACUGGACAAACAUUCCUGGCAGGGCUGAGAGGAUACUGCGGUCAGUGGUCCUGCCUCGGUCAGUGGUCAGAAGCAUUUCUUUGGACCAACAGCGCUUGUUACUCGUGUUCCUUUAGACAGGAACUGUAUCUCGCAGGUUGUUUGUUCGGAGUUCGAUCUCCUCUAAGCCGACGCUUGUGUGUGUCAAUGUUUGAGGAAAGGCAGGUUGUUGUCUCGGCGCGACUACCCAGUGUUCUCGUCCGGUGUUUGUUCAAACGAGGACAAUGACGAUCUCGCGUGGAAACAGUCUUCUCGCCAGCCACAGAACCACAUCCAGUGUGUGACUUAAUCCACGAAAUGGAUGGUAUAUCAGCCCCGGACUGGUGCUGUGCGAUGUUGUGACGACAUCCAUUGAUACGAUUCACGACACCAUGCGUUACACACCGUCCCGUUCAACCGAGUUGCGAGAAGGCUAGUCACGUGACGGUCUGUCAACACUCCGGAGAGUUACAUUAUACACCACAGCUCAUUAGUCGACGGACCAGGUGAGUGUUACCGUAUCGCAUUCCACAUGCUGGUGUAUAGGCUUGGCAGAGUGGGCGAGGUUGCACGGGUACUGCACGAUGGGGCAGGCGUUGGCCAAGAGGGAGAUGGACAAGGGUAUGAAACAAUACCACGAACAGCGCUUCGCCGAGGCUGUGGACGAGUGGUCAAGCGCUCUUAAAAAGAUGACCAAGGCACGGAAUAAGUUCGAAGCAUUGGGAAACAUCUGUCUAGCGUUAUGUGAUCUCGGGAAGUAUCGGGAUGCACUGACCCAUUCAGGUCUCCAGAUUGAAGUGGCCAACGAUGCUGACGACCCCCAGCUUAAAUCCGAGGCGUUUCUCAUGUAUGCCAUAUGUAAUGAGAAGCUAAGUGAGUUCACCAAGGCGAUAUCCUACUGCCGGUACUGUUUGCAGACAGAGAAGGUAGCGGAUCGAACCCAGAGUUACGCUCACCUCUGUCUAGGAAAUGCAUACGUUGGACUUAGUGAGUUCCCUAAGGCUUGGAGCAGCUACACCAAAGCCUUAACCCUAGCAAGGACUAAAAAUGACAAAUUUCUGGAGUUGAUGACCAGUGCGAGGAUGGGACACAUGUUUUCUCUGUUGACCGAUUACGACACUGGACUUGCGUAUUGUUGUAAAGCAUGGGAGGUGGUCAGUGGGUUGCCGGAGGGGGAACCCCAUGUCAGGUAUAGGCGCCUGCUGGCGGUUUAUAUCGCCACGCCGUACAGGAGGACCGGGCGUUAUAACGAGGCAAUGGAUUACUGUGAGGACGCUAUGAAGCUGGCCAUGCUGUACGGAGACCGUCCAGUUCAGGCCAGGUGCCUUCUGACCUUCGCUGACAUCCAUAGAAAGCGGAACGAUCUGGAGCGAGCCAGCCCGCGGUAUGAGUCUGCCUACAGCAUCAUGUCUGAGACUGGGGACCGUCUGGGGCAGGUUGAAGCCCUCAGCGGAAUGGCCAAGACUGCUACCUGUCAGAGAGACCUUGCCAAGGCAACGGAGUUGAAUCUGAAAGCAUUAGACAUAGCCCAGAAGAUUGGCAAUAAGUUGGAGAUGUUACGGUGCCACGCCCGAUUGAGGACGUUGUACGCUGCCACUGGAGAUGAAACUCUAGCCCAUCGCCACUUCUCUGUACUCCGGCAGUUGUUGGACGAGAUGGAGCUCCUCUGUGGUGUCUGUGAUGAGGUUGUCGGCGAACGCCCUGAGAAAUUAGACGCCCUUCGCUGUGGUCACUUCAUACACGGCAGGUGUUCUGAUUAUCUUGCCCGAUCAACUCUUGGAAGGGCCGGAAAAACCCGACCAUGCCCGGCGUGUCGUCGGAAAUCUUCGGAGAAUCCCGCCUUGUACACGUGACAGGCAUGUGUUGCCUAUGAACUGCUGACUAAUGACGUCACGAAAACAUGACGUCCAGAGACAGGCCCUGACUGGAAGAAAUAAACUCGACUGAUACUGCCUUAGGAAAAGUGAACAUGCUUGCUUCUGGUAUGUCUUAGUGCAGCUUCUCGCGAGAUCCGUGCGAGAUGUGAGGUCAUCUCGCGUGACCUGUGACGUAAUAAAACGGGACAAAAUGGCCGCAUAUCUGACUUCAAGUUAAUGGACAUAUAUCGAUGUAUGUACGGUUUUGAAUGACAAAUUGUGUCAUACGACUGAAAACGGACGCCAAAUGAAAUGGUUCCUGGAGACAAAAAUGCCAAAUACCGAAUCACAACGACCCGAAGGAGAUGCUACCAAGUGUAAUAUUAACAAAACACAACCAUGUUACCGUGGAAUGACGGGAUAAUACAAGAACCCACCAAAAAUGGUUACAGAAGAAUAAUCUGCUGUAUAACAGUACACAGAUAAACCGUUAGAACGGAUCACACGAGCCCGGACCAUUCCUGCCCAAUUGGUCCACCUGUAUACAUAUAACUUUACUCCUUAUUCCGAACAUGUGUUAAACAGUGCGCUUUCCUUUGUAGGGGGACCGUCCGGAAUAGCAGGGUUUGGUUGUGUAGAGAGGUGUUAAAAGCUACAAACGUAAGCGAAAUAUUUUGAACAGAUGUCAGGUUAAUGAGCGUUGUACUGAUUAGUACUGCACAGAACGAAAUGUUACAUUGCGGUGCAACGAAGACGGACAUGGACACAAGAAAAGACUAUGGGUCUCCGAACAUGGACACUUGAAAAUAUUACUGGUCUCCGAAGAUGGACCCUUGAGAAUAUUAUUGGUCUCGGAACAUAUACACUUGAAAAUAUUAUUGGUCUCCGAAUACGUGGAAUAUAUACACUUGAGAAUGCUUUUGGUCUCCACACAUGGACAGUAGAGAAUAUUAUGGGUCUCCGAACAUGAACAGUUGAGAAUAUUAUUGGUCUCUGAUCAAGAACAGUUGAGAAUAUUAUUGGUCUCCGAACAUAAACAGUUGAGGAUAUUAUAAGUCUCUGAAACGUACACUCUUGAGAAUAUUAUUGCUCUCCAAACAUGGACAGAAGAAAUAUUAUGGAUUUCCGAACACUGCCACUUGAGAAUAUUAUGGGUCUCUGAUCAAGAACAGUUGAGAAUAUUAUGAAUCUCUGAACAUGGAAAGAAUAUUAUUGGCCUCCGUACAUGGUCACUAGAGAACAUUAAUAAUUGGACCCAGAAGUAAUCACGACGAACUCCCAAGACAGCCAAACACACCAGGCAGCCAUUACGUGUCAAAACAAUUUAACUUUGUACUUUAUAUUAUACCUGUCCAUUGUAUUUAUAGUCUUAACAUCAUUUGAAUAAUAUUUUGGACGCGGUUUUUUUUCAAAUUGUUAUAAAAAUGUCAUUUUUGAGAGAUUUCACAUAAAGAUCGAAACCUGCUGAGUGAACUCGAACAACAUGCCCCGGAUAUGACGAGCAAGAGGACGUAACAUUAUCAUCACGUCUGUCAUUAUUAUCGCUGUACGCUAAUAUUUGUUCUCCGAUUAUCUCGAACUACGGAUGUCAAUGGAAUUUCAAUGAUUCAGACAACAAGGAAAACAUCAAAUAUGUGUUUCCAUAUUUCGAUAUUUCGACUAAAGGGAGAUCCGAUAUUAAGGCAGACUUUCGAUAACGUUUUGUUCAAAUAUGACAUCAUGGCGUUCGAGUUUAAAAACAUUCGAUGAAUUUUUAAAAUGCAGGUAUUGGUUGUGUAACCUAUCCAGCGAUAUAUGCAAUUGCAGCUUUUGAACAGGUGUUACAGAACUAAGAUUUGACACACAUACGUCCAACGAACCCUUUCUUACGAUAUGAAGAUAAUCGACAUGUAUCAGACGCAUCGUCAAAGAGAGACUUCCUCCAGACAUAGUAAACUCAAUGAGAAUCAACAACCCUUCCGCUCGGCAGCUGGAUCACGUGAUCAGCACGUGCCUCAUUUACAUAUUAUCUGAUACAUUUCAGUAUAUAGUAAAUACAAACACAAAGUAUUAUAUUUUUAAUUACGAAAUUAAAUCGAAGAGUUCUAUGUUUACUGUGCUUUGACUUGUUGUUACGUCUGUUAAGUUUAUGUGAAGACAGUUGAAGCGUGUAUCUGUGUUACGUCAGAGCGACCUCUACAGGCAGAGUAGUUUAUGAUUUCCGUAUGACCUUAUUUAUUUAAAUAUUAGUGUGCGUAGAAUAUUUUAUCUGUCAAUCACUGUUGUUUUGUAUGUUUUUAAGUACAGAUGUGCUUUGAGUAAACAUGAAUAAUGAACAAUG